UGGCCAGGGAGAUGCAUUCAGUCGCUGGUUCCCCACUCGGAAGCAACCAAAUUCACUCCACUCUACUCUACUCAACUCUUCCCCCAACAAACACACACACCCGACUCGUCGCUAUGAACUCCUUCUCAGUGUUCUUAGUGUUCGCCCUGGCCGCCUUGGCUGCGGCGGAGCCUCCAUCCGGAUAUAACUAUCCUCGUGGCGGAGGCGGCGGUGGCGGCGGAUUCGGAGGCGGCUUCGGCGGCGGCUUCGGAGGCGGACUCGGAGGCGGCGGCGGUGGUGGCGGAGGCGGCUACCAGGCUGUGAGCGGCGGCUUCCAGACCUCCGAGGGCCAGAACGUGGACCCGCAGCUCCUGGAGCAGGUGCGCCAGAUCCUCCUGAACGAGGAGAGCAAGCAGGGCGGCGGCGGCGGAGGUGGAGGCGGUGGUGGCGGCGGUGGCUACCCCAGCGGGCCGUCCACCAGCUACGGCCCUCCGUCCUCCAGCUACGGAGCUCCCGGCAUCGGCGGCGGCGGCGGCGGCCGCGUGGUGGGCAUCGACCUGGAGGGCGUGCGCCAGGCCAUCCAGGUGGCCCAGUUCGCCCAGCAGAGCUCCCAGCAGGGCGGCGGUGGCGGAGGCGGUGGAUACCCCAGUGCCCCGUCCGGAUCCUACGGAGCCCCCUCGAGGCCCAGCGGCAGCUACGGAGCGCCCUUCUAGGUCCUCAUAUCCGAAGGUCUCACUUCCGAACGACACUCUCUCUGCCAAAAAUGAAUACCGACGGACACGUAACCGACACAGACGACACCAACACCAACACCCACACCAGUCCCAAUGCCAAUUUGGUGUUUGGGCAUCCUGGAGUCCCAGAAAAGGAAGUGCCGAUCCGCUCUGAUCCCGAGAGAACUGGUGAUCGUUCCCCCCUGACCCCUUCCAAAACUCAGCGACUGUACCUCUCGUUUCCCGAAACACUCCGACUCUACGUUCUCCCGAAAACCCAAACUCAAUUUCGAAUUCGGGGCUUCGUUUUGGCCUUUUUUGUAACCCUUGUAAAUAGUUUUCUCACACUACACGAAUACAAGAAAACCCUAAAACGAAGACCACAAGACACCAACACCCACAACACCGAGAUGGAAAAACACCCCAGACAGUGUUAUAACGCAUUAUUAGCUCGUAAGUGUUUUUAUUUUAUAUGAAACAAACAAAGAAACAACAAAAAAAAUAUGAAAACAAUAAAAAAAAUAGUAAAUUUUGUCACCGUUAAACGACUGCAAGCUUUUCAUUUCAA